CCUAACCCCUUACUCGUUUAAAUCUGAAUAAUGCGGACCCUUACGUACGUUUUUGGUGUGGUGUUUUUCUUCUGCCUGUGGGCUCCGGGAUCCUUAGGAUGGUUGUACGAUGCACACUAUUGGAGAUUCGGAUUUCCUGGUGGAUGGCAUGGUGUACAGCUUUAUGAUACACAACAACAACAUCAGUAUCAACAGACAAGAGAGCAGACCUCACAACCUCAAUCAGGAACCGCAACAGUCAAUCAGAACAGCUUUGUAGGCGAUCCCUUGCUUCGAACUGGUAUCGCAGGCUAUGCUCAUCCUAGGUCCCAUUUUGAGUCUGGAAAUAAUCCUUCAGCAGCUGCUAAGCAGGGAGGACAAGAGUCCUUGACUCAGAAUCAGAGAGGAAACGGCGCGACUCAACAGUGGGGACAAGAGCCGUUGACUCAGAAUCAGAGAGGAAGGGCCGCGACUCAGCAAUGGAGAGCACAGCUUUUGUCUCAGAGAGGAAACGCCGCAGCUUUUAAAAAGCAGACAGGCGAGACACGUGGUUGGCAAAAUCGGCAACCGAACGUGGGUGAACCACCAGUGAAAUCACGCGAAGGAAAGUUUGAUUUCAGAGCAAGAUCAGGACAGGUGUUAACGUUGUCUUCAAGUACAGGACAGAGGAUUGAAUUUGUGGCAAAGCCUGGUAUGACGAUUGAACUUGUGGGUAGAAGUAUACCAGGGACUAAGUCACAAACCCUUGGGAGUGCUACUUCUGGCGUUGGUCAAACUGGGCAGGUAUCUGACGUCAGGGCUGGUCGAGGAACUGAGAAACCUGGACUUGCCGUUGAUAGAGGAAGCCAACAGGGACAGUGGUAUGCAUUAGCCGCUAAGCACACACCGAAGAAUAAAGUGGCUUUCUAUCAUGGAAGUACGACCACUAGUCAACGUGAUCAGGGAACUGCGACAGCUUUCGGAAAUGGAAGAACAGGUCAGGGGGCAUAUCGCGGGUCAGGGUCAGGUCGAUCUGAAGUGAAAAGUUACCCAGCUGACGCGCAGCCUGAAAUAGGGGCACGUAAUAGUAUUGGAAUUAGGUCCCGCGCAAACUCGGCCACACAACGUGAACAACGGCUAGAUAUGGCUGUGGCACUGGCACAAGGCAUAGGUUUUUCUAAACAACCUGAACAAAGCACACGUUUCAUGAGACAGCCUGAACAAGGCGCUGCUUUUCUGACACAACGUGAACAAGGUACAGGUUUUGUUGGACAGCCUGAACAAGGCACACGUUUUGCUAGGCCGCCUGAACAAAAUACUGGUCCUCCUGGACAGCCUGAACAAGGUGCUGGUAUUCCCAGAAGGCGUGCCCAAAGCAUAGGUCCUGUCCGACAAAGUGAGCAAGGCACAGACCUCGCAAGACAAAACAGACAAGGCACACAAAUGAAUCCACACGAGCUAGGUACAAUCUUUGAUGGACGUCGCGAUACUGGUACAAACUCAAACUUUGCGAAACAGCGUGGACGUGAAGAGACGGUUCUUGUAGUACAGCGUGAACAAAGUUCUACAGGACAGCGUGACGUUCAACCAAAUACUACACAAAGUACAAGGGAAGCGUCACAAUCAAGACAGGGAUUUAAUCUACCCACUCAAGCCGUAGAGGUCCUGCUUGAACCUCUCCCACCAUUUGGCUUUCCCAUAUUCACGAAUCUUAUCCAGGCCCUAAAAAGUGCACCAGGAAUUAAGUUUGCUUCGCAAGGUGGACAAAUAACUGCGUCAGGUAGUCAACGUGCACAAGGAAUUGAUCUUGUUCCCCAAGGUGGGCAAAUAACUGCGUCAGGUAGUCAACGUGCACAAGGAAUUGAUCUUGUUCCCCAAGGUGGGCAAAUAACUGCGUCAGGUAGUCAACGUGCACAAGGAAUUGAUCUUGUUCCCCAAAAUGGACAAAUAACUAAGUCCAGUAGUCAACUUGGUUCAGCAAAUGAGCUCGCUCCGCAAGGUGGACUAAUAACUGAUGUAGGCGGUCAACCUGCACAAGGACAAACGACUGAGUCAGCUGAUCAGCCUGCACAAGGACAAAUAACGGAGUCAGCUGGUCAGCCUGCACAUGGACAAACGACUCAGUCAAUUGGUCAGCCAGUACAAGCACAUUCAACUGAGUCUCUUGUUCAACCUGCACGAGGACAAAUAACGGAGUCAGCUGGUCAACCUACACAAGAACAAAUAACUGAGUUAGCUGGCCGGCCUGCACAACGACAAAUAACUGAGUCUGCUGGUCAGCCUGCACAAGGACAAAUAACAGAGUCAAUUGGUCAACCUGCGCUGGGACAAAUAACUGAGUCAGUUGGUCAACCUACACAAGGACAACCAGUUGAGUCAGCUGGUCAGCCUGCACAAGGACAAAUAACGCAGUCAGUUGGUCAUCCUCCACCAGGAAUUCAGUUUACUCCGCAAGGUGGAAAAAUAACUCAACGUGCACAAGGAUUUGAGGGAACUCAACUUUUACAGGUAUCUCAGACAGACACACAGCGUGGACAGGGAUCUCAAACAGACGCACAAAGUGGACAUAGAUCUCAGACAGACACACAACGCGGGCAGGGAUCUCAGACAUACACACAACGUGGACAGGGAUCUCAAACAGACGCACAAAGUGGACCGCAAUUUCAGACGGAAAAACAACGUAAACGGACAAUCAAGAGAGCCAUUCAACACGGUCAAAGAUCUCGCAUGGCCACUCAGUCCAGGCAGGGACCCCUGAGAAUCUCUCAUCGUGAACAGGGUUUCAUGUCAAAGGCUCAGAGUGGUCAGGGCGUCGAAUAUGGUACUGGUCGUGGAUCACAACAAAGACAAGGGCUUAGGCAGCUCAGGCCUGCAGUGAUACAAGGAAUCCGCCAAGCAGACCAGCGUUUCAGACAAAUGGUAACUGAUACAGGAGCGCCGCAAACUACGCAACAUAGUGAGGAACUGGCAACAAACAAUCCUCACGGAGUCGAAUCAAUGACGUCACCUGUAAAUCGAGCUAUCGAAAUUGAGGCGGCCCCGUCCGGACAAGUGUUACCCCGCCCCCCAGUGACUCCAUAUCCACAACAGGCAGUGCAGCCUCGGCGCGGGUUCCCACUGCAGCAAAGAUUCCCACCACAAACGGAUUCGUCUGUUCCACUGGCGGCUUUCGUGAAACAGCAUUCCAAGAAGGUAAGGAUUUUAAUAAAAAGAACAAAUGAGAUCUAUUUUUGAUCUAAAUAUACGACGAUUUUUAAUAAAUAUUCGGUAAACAUUGGUCAAGAUUUGACAUAAAUGUCAACGUCAAGAUUUACUUGGAGAAAGGAUAUAGUAAAAGGUGUAGAGGGUAAACCUGGAUCACCAACAAAAGAGUGACAGCUGGUAAUUGGUCACGGGUAAACGCUGAAGUACAGUAGCCAAAGGGCCAUUUCAUAAAGUGUUGUGGGGCAGGUCUGUAUCGUUUACGGACCCCCACAGACGUAAAAUCAGUUCAUUUACAAGCCCUAAUAUAUUCAAAGACCGUAUCACAAAUUAUGCCAGACAGUAGCAUACCGUCUCGGUCCAAACCGCACCCAUCUCCCCAAAUACAUGUUUUUGUCGUUCAUUUUAGCGUUUAGUAAGCAGUUUCUAAAUAACAAAUAUCAGGGUCAGUGCAAAAUUCAUUAGGGAAGCCGAAGGUUUAUGGGAAUGAGAGGACGGGAUCUCACCUGACAACGACUAAGAUUGAUUAAAUCUUAUGACAUAUUUCUCUCUCUGAAUUAAUUACAGCUGAAGAACUUAAAUUUUACUCCUUCGUCUUUCUCGCAUACAAGGGAUGUUUUUUCUAUUUUCUUUUAUAAAAUACAGUAAAAUUGUUGAAACGCCUUGUGGUUUCUUUGAGGUCCGCGAUAACUAGGUCAGCACUGCUUUCAUUUUAGAAGCCAGUGAUACAAAACUGAAGCAUAAAAUCCAGAGACAGUCGAAUGCCUAUUUAAACAGAGUCGUUGAAGCUCCUUGUUAAUGAUAUAAUACGCCUAGUGCAUCAACAGUUCAAGCAGUGGAAGGAAUAUUCUUCCAGAAUGUCCAAUUUCCAGAAAAAUUAUAUUUAUGACUUGGGCCUUCAUCACCCUAGUCCACAACUUUCAUCUGCCACAUUCUACUGCUUAAACUAUUAUACGGAAAAUGCCUUCAACGUUAGAGAGCGAGAGUCACCUUGCUCUCAGUAAUGGAGAUGUGCUGAAGCUGUAUCAAGAUUAAGUUUCACUAAACUUUUACUGGGUUAAAAAAAUCUAAAAAAAAAAAAAAUUAAUGCCGGUUUAAGAUACUUCGAUUGGUAGUCUUUCCGUGGACAUAAACAUUAGUCAGGUGCUGUCUUUCACUUUAACUGACGUUUUCCAUAUUUGCAAAAAAAUCUACAUUUUAAACUGUCAUAAAACUCAUUUUCUCGACAGCUGUGAGUGAUAGCGUGCAUUAUGGUAACGUAGAUGCUAAGCUUGCAUUCGUAAUGCAAAAAAUGGAGACCCUUGUCAUGAAUAUGUACCACAUAUGAAACUCAUUUUAACAGUAAGGUCUGCUUACACCAGCCGAUUACCUCCCUUGAACUGCCCAUCUUGGCCCUCCCUCUUUUCCGUUUAUUACAGAUAUUUAAAGAGCUGUGGCAUAUCUAUUCUUUUCUUCAGACCAGAGACAAGAUUUAAAAAGACGGAAGGAUGUAUUCGGUCCACACUUUGUGUCUAAUGCGCAGGCGCGUGAGAUAGCCAUGACUGGAGCCGUUUUCGAGAAAGCCAGCUCCAGUCUUGUCAGAGAAUAAGAAGUGUAUAUUUAUAGAGAAACAUGUGAAACCUUCUGAAUGAAGGAUCACACGAUUCAAAAUUUACCUAAUAAUUCUUAUGCAGGUAUCGAAGACAAAAUAUUAAACUUGCCAUACUUAUUCAAGAAUUCUUUGCCAUAUGCGUUGUGUAGCUCUACUGGUUAAACAAGCUGCAGUUUUAUUGUUUAACUUACAUGUGUAUAUAUUGUUAGUUGUUUUUAAGUAUUAGACACCUAACAUCUGUAGAGUUUGUCUUUGUCACACUUUGAGGUUUUAUAGUGGGCGGACACAUCAUGUGAAUAACUGUGAUAACAUAUUAAUAAAAAGCACUUCCAGCCUAACUAAAGUUGGAAUCGAAAACCUACUUUCAUUUCCUGCUAAAGAGUUCGUGGAAUGCAAGCCUGAUAACACCGUCUACCUGUAGUCCUAUGCAGUGGCAUUUGUAUACGCCCUAGACCAAUCCCUGGGCUGUUUUAACAUGGUCUCUUAUUUCUAUUGUAAAACCUUUUUAUAUGAACCUUGGUAAGAGAAA